AUGGCGGAAUACAAGGGAGCCGCAAAAGAAGGAGCCAGGGCUAUGGCCCUAAUGAAAAAGAGAGAGAAAAUGAAGGCUGAUAUUGAAGCUGCCAAAAACAAGAUAUCCGAGGUAAGAUUCUGUGAGAUUAAUUUUGAGAUUGUUUCAUCAACUUUGACAUUCACAGAAACUUUCGUGAAUUGUUCGUUCCAAGCUACAAUUUGAUGUAUUUUUCUUACAUUGUACUAGUUUCUUUUGAAUAACUGAAUGUUGUGUCUCAUUCUAAAAGUUCCCCUUAUUUUAGUGCUAGUUUCGCAAUCAACCUACAAAAAUAACGUCUUUUGGAAUUUAAUUUCUUUUAGAAACACAAAAUUGCCGACAUCAGCAACAAGUUUUCGUCGCACUAUGAUGUGGUUGAACAACAGCUUAAAUCAAGCACUAUUGGUAAGCCUAUCUUCCGUUAACAGCUGUGCGUAAAUAUUUUGGUUUAAUAAUUCUACCAUCAGUUAAAAUUUGCCUUUGCUUGAUUUUUGUUUUUGUUUUUAUGAAUGAUAAUUAAAGUUUACUAUAACUAUGUGAAAGAUUUCCUCACAGCCCCACAUAUGCUCUAUGCAUGCAGCAAUCUCUUACUAUUUCACAUAACAGUUGGUGUGAAUAAAGUCAGAACAUGUUUGCAUAAUAAAUGUGCGGGGCUUUAUGGAAAUCUUACCUUACUAGAUAGCUGGCAAUCUGAAACUCACGUCCAAUUUUAACAAAAUAUCUCAUUUUAUUCUUCAAAGAACAUAAGUUAUUUGUUUAGAAAUCUCAAGCGAUUUCAAACGUUGCCUUGAGUUUGAAGUAGCUUGGGCAUAUAGUGAAAUCUCAGUGUUUUCUAAACAUGUUUUGACACCCUGAGUCAGCUCUCAAGGAAUAUCCACAAAAAUUGUUAUAAAAUCCUUUCCAAAGCAUCUGAUGUUUGUUCAAAAAUGCCAAGCACUUCUGGAUAAAGAAUUAUUAUUGUAGUGGACAGAUUCUCUGAGCUUGAGCAAAUUCUUUAAAAUCUCUAAUCAAGGACUCAGUCGAAUCAAGGACUCAAGAUGACUGGCAGUCAGAAAUUCUUACCAUUUUUCCACAAAUACCUUCCUUGGCAUUACCUGAGCAUGACAGUACUCUUAUUGAAAACUCUCAGUAGAUUCCAAUAAAAGUUUUCCAUGCGAGACUAAUGGAAAUUCUGACUACUGGGUAUCUAGUAGUCUGAAAACUAUGCCAUUGUUGCUUGUUAAGUGUUAGGUAGCCUGCAAUCAUGCCCUCCCAAUGUCUGUAUUAUGUUUUUUUUAAGGGAAGGAUGGUAGAAAACAUAUAUAUUUAUCAGAUAACAUGUUAAAAAAAGCCAGAGUCUGGAAGUAUUUCUGAUUGGUCCAGACACAAUAUGUUUUACACACUUUUGUUCUUAUUUGCUGAAGAUUAGGUUUGACAUCCCAUGGGAUUGUUUGGUACUUAUGAAUGAAAUGUAUCUGAUUCUGUAGUUAGCUUAAGUUUUGUUUUCUUGAUUUUGUGGCCAAUAAUGAUAUUAAAAUGAAACUCCAGCUGAGAAAUACUCCUUCACAGGAAUAAGCUGGUGCUUAAGUUUUUCACAGAACAAUUUUUGAACAUAGCCAUUGGAUUGAUUUCCCUGGGUACAAAAAUAUUUGCUAGCAGACAUUUUUUGCACCUUGAUGACAGGUGUUCGAUUUUUUCAAGCACGAGGGUGUCCUUUUUGUUCCUCUUUUAAAAUUUCGUCACAUAUAUGUGCAGUCAUGUUUAUACGUUUCAGCUUGAAAACUUUUCCCUAUCAACAACCUCAAAGAUACAAAAAUGGGCCCUUAGAGUUUAAAUAAAGUCACCACUCAUUUAGUAGACAGUUAUGUGAGACAGACAGCUCUCUAAGAUGGCCAUCUCACGGAGAGAGAGCUCACUUGAUAAAUUUGACAAGGAGUCCGGACAAAUUUUUUUGUCCAGGUUGAAGUGUGCCAAACUUGAGGCACCUUUGUGGGACGUGAUGCAAUUGGACAAGCUUCGAACUUUGCAGGCUUAGCAACUUGAUUUAUUGUUGUUAUUAUUAGGUCUUGUUACCCUGGAUGAAAUGAAAGCCAAGCGAGAAGACUUAGUCAGGGAACAUGAAAAGCAGUUAGCUGCAAAGCUGAAAAGUGAAGAACUAGAGGGGUAUGAAAUCAAUUUCCUUUUGUUUCAUGUUAUCAUAUGUCAUAGUUAGCACAACUCGUAAGACUGAUUUAUAUAGUUAGUGGGCCUCUGGUCUUCUCCAUGGCAUGAUUGUGCCUUUUUUCACUCUAAAAACUAAGGAUGCUUUCCAUUGUCAGAACUGACCGGCCAGACCGUCCCUGUCAUAUUGAGAAUUUCACUUUAAAUCAAAACUAUCCAGCCAGAUCAGUCAAAUGGUAAAUAGUAUACACCAAGGAGAUGGUUUUUCUGCAAAAACCCUUUGAAAAAAGCCGAUUUCAUUUGCAAGCUGACUGGUCCGGCAAUGGUCCAACCGGCCAGUUCUAACAAAUGGAAAGUGUCCUAAGACUUGCUCCGAGAUAUGAAAAAUUAACAUACUAACUGUGUUGUCUUGGUCUGCUCUUCAAGCAAUGGAUCCUUCUUUUAUAUUUGGAUUGUGCACUUUGUGAGCAAGGGCUCGAGGAUGAGUGAAUUUUGAAUUAAACUCUGAGUUGCUAAUCUGGAGCAACAUUUUGAGAUGUGCAUUAUAAUGGAAUACCAGAAUUUUUGUUUAUAAUAUAGGCUUUUUUGUUUUACCUAAGCCUUCUUUUCCCAUGAAAAAAGAAUUCCCUAUGUUCCUCAAAGUUAUUCUUUGAAUACAGAGAGGAGAGAUUUUAGAGUCAAUGAGUCUUUGUAAACUCUGGCAAAUUUGCCUGAAGUAUUACAGUCUCUCCAUUGAGUUGUGUCCUGUGUUCACCUAAACUUGCACAAAGUAGUUUCCAUUAGUCAGAAAAGAGAAAGAAAUCUAGCUUUUUUAAAAAAUUAUUUGGUGUUAAUCAUUUAGGUCUAGAUGAUAAGGGUUGUUCAUCUGUGCCUUAUUUCGUUUUUGUGUAUUUUAUAAAGGGAAAGUAAGAAAAAGAAGCAGAAGAAAAUCAAAGCAAAGACUUCAUCUGCAUUAUCAUUUAACCUUGACGAUGAGGAGGUCGAUGAGGAUUCUGAACCUGGUAAUCUUUCUCUCUUAAAAGUUACCCUUUAAUCCUGAACAUUGAAAUUUAAAUUGUCAAUUUUUGGCACUAUAUGUUUCAUAGUAGUAUAGAAAAAGGGAAAAAGUUAAUGGUAUCAAAUAAAUUAUAUAUCUGAUGUCAUCAUUUUCUCAAUUCUUUUGACUUCUCUGUCUUGGCUUAAAAAGUUACUUUAAACCUCAAUCUGCCCCGUAGCAAGUCGUGUUGGGUAGUGUUGUACCUGGUAACAACAAAAUGGAUAGUUCUCUUAUACAUUACUUAUCACAUCAAAGUUAAUGAACCAUAUGUUAGUUCUUUUGUACGUAUUACCCCUAAAUUUAAUCAAGAAGUUAAUGCUUUUAGUCAAGUGCUAACAGAGUUGUUGCUUAUAUUCGCAUACAGAUUAGAACUCCAGAUUGAUCUCUAUACAUUUCCCUCAAGAAUUAGUUGCACAAAUUGGACUAAAGAUCAAAACAUUUUUCCCCAGCUGAUCAUUUUAGUAAUUCUCAUGAACUUUUUGCCUUCAUUAUGAUACAUAUGGAUAUUAUUAGGAGAAAAUUGACAUUACUCACUCUUGGGACUUAAAAGGGUUAACAGCCCAAGGUGAUUUCACAAUAAAUUACCAUCACCCUGUCUUUAACAAUGUAUUUCAAAAUGCUUCCUUCCUUAUGUAAUGGUGGUAAUGGUAAUGGUGAUGUUAACAUUAAUUUUUUUCUUUUUCUGGCAGUUGUCCCUUUAAAGAAGAAGAAGCCAGGAAAAAAUCCAGAUGUAGAUACAUCAUUUUUGCCUGAUAGAGACAGAGAGGUAAUGAUGACAAGUGAGAGUGUGAAAUACUUUUAAAGGUUAUGUUUUCUUUUAAUUUCUGAAAAGCUCACACAUUAAAAAAAUAGUCUCUAGGUUAAGCAAGGGAAACGUAAGCAUCCAGAUGAUAUUUCUACUUUUGAGAUUGUAAAUUUAUAUAAAAGAUGUGUGCCCUUUUAAUUUUUCAAAAGAAAUCUGAAAUGCUAAAUGGUGUUUAAUGGCUUUGACAAACAUAACCUUGCAGCCUCACUACAAAAUUAAUGUAACUCUAGUUACCUUGAAGUGGCUGUCCUGUGCCCAUCUACAACUCUGUCUUACAUAAGGGUAUUAAUCCUGUACACAGGUGUAAUUCUGCAUUGGCCAUCCUGUACUCUACUUUGCAUUGAGAUAGUGCUCCUGUGCACUUUUUAAACUCUACCUACCAGUGGUGGUUAUUCUGUAUUCUGCGGCUUACAACUGUGUAAUUUACAAAUGUACAACUCUUUCUCACAGGGAAAUGGGUAUCCAGUGGCAUAUGGAGAUGAGGCUGUCUGGUAUGGUUAUAUUUCAAAAUAAAUGAUUACAUAGUUAAUGGGUCUUAUGGUUCUUUUUGAGACAGGAGAUGGAAAGAAAAGAGCGAGAACACAUACGACAAGAAUGGGUUGAGAAGCAGGAGAAAAUUAAAAGUAAGCACUUUUUAUGUAGUUUCAUCACCCAGAUAUCAUCAAAACUUUCUGACCUGGCAGAAAAUUCUGAUACCAAAAUUUUUAAGUUUUGUAACUCUUGUCGUAGUAAACGUUGAUUAUUUCAGUUAAUCAGUUACAUACAAUUUGUUGCGUUUUUGUAGAUGAAGAUGUUGAAAUUACAUACAGUUAUUGGGAUGGUUCUGGACACAGAAGAACACUAAAGGUAAAAAAGACAUCACUGAUUAACAACCCUGAAUUAUUUUGAAGUAGGUUUCAUUUUUUUUUUGUAGUGAACUCAUGCAAAGGUGGAGGGUACUCCUGGGAAUUCCUGGUGGGGGUUUGCCGCCCGGUUCUCCAAAUCCUGACCCUAUUUCACGCCAAAAAAUGUAAUUUUCCACACCAGUUUUCAGACCAGACCUCUAAAAUGCUCACCCGUUUUCAGACCUGGCCUUUAGGCAGAAAUUAUGUUAUCAUUACUUAGAUUAGAGUGCAAACAAAAAAAUUAUUCAAAUUCAUUUCGAAUUUGCAUAUUUCUCUUUCUUUCUUACUCAUUUGGAAUUGAAACGAUAAAUACGUUCAUAUACUCCCGCAGUUCCCUCGAAAACCAUACCCGAUUCCAGACCAAAAUGAGCAAAGUGUAUACCGGUUGUCAGACCAAAACGGCGCAAAAACCCUACCCGAUGGGGCGGCACAUACCUAUAUAGCUUAUAUAAGGGAGUACCCACCUCCCCCGGGAGCAGAGGAAAGGGUAAACCCUGUGUGACAAUCGUGAAAAUUUUAUUUUGUUUGGAAAAUUUUUCUUCCAAACUACACCUUCCUAUAAACUGAACUAUUUAUAAACGACCAAAACACGGUAAUGUUAAACAAACGCACAAGUAAUCAUCAAGUCGCUUUUGUCACACACAAACAUUUUGCUGUCCUCUUCUUUUGUGCAAAAGUGCUGCUAAAGAGGUUUCAUUUGAAUGGUCACACUAUAGGAUUUCAUUCACAGUUUCAAAAUUUAGAAUAAUACAAGACUCGGAGCCAAACGGUUGAAUGUACAAAAUAACUGAUUUUCAUUUCUUAAGCGAAUGUUGUGAACGUCAUGGAAUGAAGAUGUUAGAUAAUAUUUCUGCUAUUUCUUAUCGUCAGAUGAAAAAAGGCAAUACAAUUUCACAGUUUCUUCAAAAAUGCAUUGAGCAACUUAGGAAAGACUUCACUGAAUUCAGGUAAGCACUUUUGUCAACUUACGUUCUCUUUUCAGUUAUAAAGAUGACAACUUUUUUUNUAAUACAAGACUCGGAGCCAAACGGUUGAAUGUACAAAAUAACUGAUUUUCAUUUCUUAAGCGAAUGUUGUGAACGUCAUGGAAUGAAGAUGUUAGAUAAUAUUUCUGCUAUUUCUUAUCGUCAGAUGAAAAAAGGCAAUACAAUUUCACAGUUUCUUCAAAAAUGUAUUGAGCAACUUAGGAAAGACUUCACUGAAUUCAGGUAAGCACUUUUGUCAACUUACGUUCUCUUUUCAGUUAUAAAGAUGACAACUUUUUUUACGCUUUUUUUCCUCGUGUAGAGCUAUCACUACGGAAAACUUGAUGUAUGUAAAAGAAGAUCUUAUAAUUCCACAAGUAAGUAAUUAUCCUUUAAAGAAUGAAAAACUGAACUAGAUGUACCUAAAAAAUAUAACAAUACUAAUAAAUUAUUGGGUGAGUCUUUUGCGAUACCCGAAGAAAUCAAGGUCGAGGCUGAAAACACUCACCGAGACGUUGAUUAUUCCGGAUACCACAAAAACCCAAUGUAAUAAUUGUUUUAUUAUACGUUGUUUUUAAGAAAAUAGGGACGAACACAACAUCGCAUCAUUGCACUUGGAAAUGAUGCAUUGCGCCCGCAACCCGCAGAUUGGUCACGAAUCUGCAAGCAGAUAACUAACUAAUCUGUAGAUUGCCAGUUUUCCAAAAAUAACUGUAGGCUGUUAGCCAGUGAGAAGACAGAUAGUGAGUACAAUGUCCUCAUUCAAUAAUUAUUACACUGAUAUUUAGUCGCUGAAAUUGGUAAAAAACAACAAAGUCAUGUUAAUUUUUGUUCGCGUUUUUUUCUGAUCUUGCAGCAUUACACUUUCUAUGACUUCAUUAUUAACAAGGCUCGUGGCAAAAGUGGACCGCUCUUCAGUUUUGAUGUUCAUGAGGAUGUCAGAAUGAUAAGUGACGCUUCCGUGGAAAAAGAUGAGGUCGGUAAACUGCUGCUACACCCAAAAGCACAAUGAUUAUUUACUUUGGUCAGUUGAACCAGUCAAAGCUCCAAUAGUCACCUUUCCGGAAAUAAUAGCCGGUUGCCGUCGUAAAAAUGGCAAUCUUCGCCAUGUUCUUGUGUAAAUGUAAACAUCUGAAGCACGGUGCGUCGUUUUCUUUCGUCGCGAUAGACCAAUGCCGAUAUAUUAAAAUUCAUACAGUGGAAUGCCGUUGAUACGGUCACCAAUGGGCCCCAAAAAUUGGUGCGUUUUAACGGGGUGGCCGUAUUAACGAGGGUCUUUUUUUACAAGAAAAUUUGUGGCGGUUUUUGCCAGUGGGGCCAAAAAAAGUGGCCGUAAUAACGAGGUGACCGUAAGGCGGGGUUUCACUGUACUUGGCUGCGAGGUUUAAAAGAAAUCAUCAAAAUCAAAAUAAAUCAUCUUGAGGCUCAAAAAUGAAUAAUACAUUUCUUUUGUUUUAUUUCCCCAAGCUUCGGAGCCAAGUAUGAAUUUUAAUAUAUUGAAAAUGGUCCAAGGCUUCGGGCGAAUCGACUUUUGGGCGGAUCGACCUGAUACCACACCAACUUGGCGUCUUCAUACUAAGUACAAGCCUUUCAAUAACGUUGUUUGAGUAUCUCGCCUGUGAAAUACCCCAGAGGCCAGACUCUUGGCGAGACAGUUUACACAUCCCUCCUCUAUCACCUGUCAUAAUUCUUAACUGUUUGUGCGGUCUGAAAAUGUAACUCAGCCGUCAAGUCCUCUAUGAUCUCAUCUUUCUGUGAAAUGAAAUUACUCCCACGAGUCUCAAGGAAACAGGUCUUUUCGAUACAAAUCGUUUCAAGACGAACUCAAGCAGUUAAAUUGCACAAAAAUAUCUUUCACUUAGUAUAGUUUUCGGGUGAACAAGAAAAACAUUUUGGCUGAAUAUCCUUUGUUCUUUAAGUCAAGUACGUAGAACUAUUUACAACUCGACUGAUUAAACUUGUAUCAAAACAACUUGUAUCGAAAUGACUUUUUAUCGAAACGACCUGUAACCCCCCUGCCCCCCCCCCCCCCCNUUACUCCCACGAGUCUCCUAAAGGAAACAGGUCGUUUCGAUACAAGUCGUAUCAAGACGAACUCAAGCAGUGAAAUUGCGCAAAAAUGUCUUUCACUUAGUACAAUAAUUUGCGCGUGAACAAGAAAAACAUUUUGGCUGAAUGUUCUUUGUUCUUUAAGUCAAGUACGUGGAACUAUUUACAACUCGACUGAUUAAACUUGUAUCGAAAUUACAAAAAAAUGUCUUUAAUGGCUUUUUAUCGAAACGAACUGUAACCCUCCUGCCCCCCUGACGCUCAGUGGUAGUGGUAGACUAGUAACCAGAAGCUCACAGGUUCGAUUUCUGUUGGGAGUACUUGGAAUUUUUCUUCCGAGUCGCCUGUGUCACUGACUGACAAAAACAUCUUUCUCAUGGAAAAUUUGUGUUAUCGCUAAUCUGUUCGCUGUUCUUCUUGCAGUCACAUGCGGGGAAGGUGGUUCUGCGUUCUUGGUACGAGAGGAAUAAACAUAUUUUCCCCGCUAGCCGGUGGGAGCCUUAUGAUCCGGAGAAAACAUGGGCAAAAUAUACGGUAAAUAUAAACAAUUAUUGGAUGAGGUUUUUGUAA